AUGGGCGACUCCUCAACACCCGCCGGUGAUUCUGCGAUUUCUGGCGAUUUGCCUCAGCCUUGCUCUCAGCCAUUGAAUGUACUUUCAGACGAGUUCUAUAGAGCACGACUUUCAGAUGCUGCAAAGACGAGGAAAGCUGAUGGAAUUCGCGCCCUGUUCCCGCUUGAAGCUCGAUCUGGUCUCAUCUCUCUCCUUGCUGGGAAGCCUAAUGAAGAGACUUUCCCUAUUACCUCGCUUCAGUUCACAAUGCGCGAUCCAUCUUCGGCCGAGGACAUCAAACUUGAACUGACUGAGGGAGAAUUGCACCAGGGUCUUCAGUACACGCCUACGAACGGGUUCGAGGAGCUCCGAGAAUGGGUGUUUGGACUGCAAGCAUUCCAACAUGAUCGCCAAAAGGGCGAGGGGUGGACUGUGAGCAUUGGUGCAGGAUCGCAGGAUCUGAUUUUCAAAGCUGCGAGUGCGCUCCUCAACCCAGGCGAUGCACUCUUCGUCGAAGCACCUGUGUAUGCAGGUGUGCUUCCAGUUUUCCACUCGUUGGGGUGUGACAUGAUAGAGGCAGAAACGGAUGCCUAUGGCAUAUGCUCCGGCUCGCUUCGCACCGUACUAGAGAACUGGCCAUCAACGAGACCAAAACCAAGAGCUCUAUAUACAGUUCCUUACGGUUGUAACCCGACGGGUAUGACUGCAACACUUGAACGGCGUCUAGAAGUCCUCGAGUUGAGCAGAGAACAUGACUUCAUCAUUCUUGAAGACGACCCCUAUUACAACCUUUACUUUGGACGUUCGGAUCGACCGCCCUCGUAUUUCACUCUUGAUCGCUCACAGCCCGAAGUAGGCCGUGUUGUGCGAUUCGACAGCUUGUCAAAGAUCAUAUCAUCAGGUAUUCGCAUCGGCUUCGUUUCUGGACCCAACGUCGUAGUACAUGCGAUGGAUCAGCACACAAUGGCUGUGAAUUUACAGCCUUCAUCUUUAUCUCAAGCGGUCACGCUGAAGGUAUUAAAGUCAUGGGGCUACGAGGGAUUUGCACUGCAUACAAGUCGUAUCGCACAAUUUUAUCGCGAGAAGAGAGAUAUCUUCGAGGCUGCUAUGCAACGACACCUUGCAGGGCUAGCUGAAUGGACAAAGCCUGAGGCAGGCAUGUUUUUCUGGUUUAAAUUGCUCUUGGAUGGCGAUGGUGACUCAGAGAGCCUCAUUCGCACUAAAGCGCUGGAGCGAGGUGUGCUUGCGAUUCCAGGAACCGUCUUUCUCCCCAGUGGACGUAAAAGCGCGUAUGUACGCACGUCGUUCAGCAUUCUCCCUGCAGAACAGGUUGAUGAAGCCUUGCGUCGCCUUCGUGACGUCAUCCUCGACGCAAGAUAA